CAGCCCCGCUGCCCCCGCCGCCCCUGCCGCCCCUGCCUGUCGCCCGCCGCCUUCGCCAUCGCCCUGCAGGCCCCCCCUCACACUUCUUGUGGGGGCCAGCACCAUGUUCCUGCCCAGGCCUGGAGACUAAUCUCAAAUCCGCACUGUCUCCGGUGGACCCCAGGGGCCCGCCCCGGCCCAGGAGGCCAGCCCGGGAAUCAUUAAUGAAAGUCCGGGACAUGGCGGAGAAGGAGGGUGGCCGGAGGGUACACGGCUGCUCUGGACCCAAGGUGGCUGCGCUCUCCGUGGGAACCCUGCUGCUCCUCACGGCCAUCGGAGCAGCUUCCUGGGCUGUUGUGACGCUACUCAGGAGUGAUCAGCAGCCACUGUACCCAGUGCAGGUCAGCCCUGUGGACGCGCGCAUCACGGUGUUUGACAGGAUGGAGGGGACGUGGCGUCUGCUGUGCUCCUCCCGCUCCAACGCCAGGGUGGCGAGUCUCAGCUGCGAGGAGAUGGGCUUUCUCAGGGCUUUGGUCCAUUCCGAGCUGGACGUGAGGGCCGCGGGUGCCAACGGCACGUGGGGCUUCUUCUGCGUGGACGAGGGCCGGCUGCCCCACGCCCAGAGCCUGCUGGAUGUCAUCUCUGUGUGCGACUGUCCCAGAGGCCGCUUCCUGUCCACCGUCUGCCAAGACUGUGGCCGCAGGAAGCUGCCCGUGGACCGCAUCGUGGGCGGCCAGGACAGCAGCCUGGGCCGGUGGCCGUGGCAGGUCAGCCUGCGUUAUGACGGGGCGCACCUGUGCGGGGGGUCCCUGCUAUCUGGAGACUGGGUGCUAACCGCUGCCCACUGCUUCCCAGAGAGGAACCGAGUCCUGUCUCUAUGGAAAGUAUUUGCUGGGGCUGUGGCCCAGGGCUCCCCCCAUGGCGUGCAACUGGGGGUGCGGGCUGUCAUCUACCACGGGGGCUACCUUCCCUUUCAAGACCCCAACAGCGGAGAGAACAGCAACGAUAUCGCUCUUGUCCACCUGUCCAGCCCCCUGCCCCUCACGGAAUACAUCCAGCCUGUGUGUCUCCCCGCGGCCGGCCAGGACCUGGUGGACGGCAAGAUCUGCACAGUGACCGGCUGGGGAAACAUGCAGUACUACGGCCAGCAGGCUCGGGUGCUGCAGGAGGCCCGGGUCCCCAUAAUCAGCAACGAUGUCUGCAACGGCCCCGACUUCUAUGGAAACCAAAUCAAACCCAAGAUGUUCUGCGCCGGCUACCCCGAGGGGGGCGUGGAUGCCUGCCAGGGGGACAGUGGCGGGCCAUUCGUGUGUGAGGACAGCAUCUCGCGAGCCCCGCGCUGGCGCCUGUGCGGCAUCGUGAGCUGGGGCACCGGCUGCGCCUUAGCUCAGAAGCCAGGAGUCUACACCAAAGUCAUGGACUUCCGAGAGUGGAUCUUCCAGGCCAUUAAGACUCACUCCGAAGCCAGCGGCAUACUGAGCCACCUCUGACCUGUGGUAUCUCCGUGCUGCCCGUGUCUCCAGCGCCCACGCUGGCCUGCGUGUGGCUGCCCUGGCUGCCUGUGGUUGGCACCACACAGAGUCCAGGAUGGCCCAUGUUUCUUCUCGAGCCCAGUCUACGGGUCCAAGGACCCCCUCUGAGCUCCUCGUGUGCCAUAGUGGCGGGCCCCCCCCCAGCCAGCCACGCCUCCCCACGCACCAUGUGUAAAUAUUAUUCUGCCCUCUGGGGAACCCUUGUUUAGGGGACCCUGGUGACAGGAUGCUCUUUAAAUAAUAAAGAUGGUUUUGAUUAA